GAAAAAAAAUGGUUUCUCGUUCCUCUCUCUCUGUUUCCUUUUUUCUCUGACUAUUUGGCGGUUCGUAGGAGAGUUUCUGGUGCUCUGCAAUGGUGGAGACGAAGUCAAAAGAUAGUCGAAUCUGACAGAGAUUCGGGGUUUAGCGAUUCAAUUCGAGAGCGAGGAGUAUAAUGCCGCUGACGAGAUACCAGAUAAGAAACGAGUAUGGCUUGGCGGACACGAAGCUGUACGAAGCCGCAAACAGGGAUGACCACGAAUCUCUGCUCGAAGGCAUCGCCAUGGCUGGACUCGUCGGCGUCUUGCGGCAGCUUGGUGACCUCGCCGAGUUCGCUGCUGAGAUAUUCCAUUGUCUCCAUGAAGAACUAAUGACAACCGCAGCACGAGGCCAUGGUGUAAUGAUACGUCUCCAACAACUUGAAGCAGAGUUUCCAUUGGUUGAGAAAUCUGUUCUGUCUCAAACUGAUCAUUCGUUGUUAUUUUCUGGUCCAGGACUGGAUUGGCAUCCUUAUCUGCAAACAGAAGGAAACCUGAUCACACGUGGCGAUUUGCCUCGUUGUAUAAUGGAUUCAUAUGAAGAAUGUCGUGGCCCACCACGUCUCUUCCUUCUUGACAAGUUUGAUGUUGCAGGGACAGGGUCAUGCUUUAAGCGUUAUUCUGAUCCAUCUUUGUUUAAAGCACAAUCAGUGUCUGAACUGCCAACAUCAAAUAUCCGGAUUGUAAAAAAAUAUCAAAAAGUGAAGCAGAAGAAAGGAUCACGGGGGAUGGAUGAGGAGACACCUGAGGCUGGACUUAUAUCACAUGCGAAAUUGCAUCAGCUUUUCUCGAGGGAGCAUGUCGAGAUCAGAAAUAGAGAUCCCCAAUUUCAAGUGAAACUGAAGAGAAGACAAUUGAAUGGAUCUCCAAUUAACUCAAGCUCCGGGAGAAGUUACAUGGAGAAACUCGUCAAGAGUCCUCCGCCAGACCAUGAAACUGCUCCUAGAUCUCAUUCAAAGUUGAGUUUCCAUACACUAAAAAAUUACAAUGCGAGUGAAACGGGGGAGUUAGACAAGUUAUGUCAGGCUAUUGUAACUGAAGUUAAAGUAAGCAAUGUACAAGAAGUCUUAGCAACAACAUCUACGGUUAAUUCCAACAGUGGAAACACUGGACAAGACUUGGAGAUGGAGCCUCAACAUAUUGCUGAUGCCGGAGUUGAAAUUCCUUUUACUCCUCGGAAAAGUACGAAUAAAGAGAAACCUUUGACCAAUCAAGAGGUAGAGCCAGAUAUUUGUUUGGAAGUUGGUCAUUCUCUGGAAUUGACAAGCACAGGGAACACUUAUACAGAUAUCCCUGUUUACAUGGGGACAAAAAAAACAGAAACAGAGAGUGCCGACGAGCCUAGUGAUGUAGGACAUUUGGGAGUUGGAGAGCAUCACACAUAUCUUGAUGCACAUGAGUCUGAAACGAAGGUACUAGCAUGGUUUUUCGACAUCUUGCACCACUCCUUGGAGGAAGAAGAAUCUAAGAGUUUACAUGCUGAUUUCUCAAGCUCUUCUCCUGAAAGUAAAUUGUCUAACACUGAAGGAUCUGCUGGAACAGAAGAUUUGUCAUUCGUACAACCUUCAGUGAGUAAAACUUCAGCAGACAUGGGGACUCCAGAGCUCGAAGAAACACUUCUCAAUUUGUCUGCUUAUGAGAAUCCUCAAAAUCUGAUUCGGGAUACUCAAAGUUACUUGCAGCUUGGUUCUGAGAAAUUAAAAGCUGAUGAAUUUGGGAUGAACCCGCCUGAAACUUCUUCAGUCCCUGAACUUGGAAGAGGUGCUAUGCUUAGUACUCCUCCUGAGGCUCAUGAGGAGUAUCUGUCGGAGCUUCCUCAAGCACCAUCAGAAGCAGAAGAAACCAGGGCUGCAGUUCUUCUUACAAAUUACACUGAUGAUUGUAAUAUUGAAAAUGUUUUCGGUAUGGAGACUGAAUCAGUGGUAUCAUUCAGUGUUCUAAUGGAUGAUCAGUUCACUUCCCUACUCGAUCAAGAGAUGGAGAUUCUGAAGCCCGAGAGUGUUUCUUCUGAAGUUGAUGUUUCCCUUCUAGUAACUGAAAGCAAUUCAAAAGAAACACCAAUGGCAUUGGACUUGGAUAAGGUUCUUCCAACUCAGGAUCUUGGUGUAGCCAAUGGCUUUGAAGACUUGUCUCUGGUUUCUAUUGCGCAUGACGAGACUAUAUCCGAAGACGAUGAAACCAACUCAGAAAGUCGAUAUUCCAUGAACACUAAAAUGUUCGAUCUCAUUUCACCUUCUGGCAACCCUGAUCUGGCUAAAAGACCUUCAGAUUCUGAACAGGAGGAUAGGCAGACAGUGUCUAUGGUUUCAGAUGAUAGUGACUGCAAGGGAAUGAUAUCUAAGGAUAACACUGAUACUCUCAGCUGUGAAGCUAGUUUUUCCAGUGAUGCUGAUCACAAUAAAGCAGGGCUGAGUGAUAUAGCUCUUGAAACCUUGCAAACCAUGCACGAAACAGGCUUAAGAAUAUCUGAUCUUUCGGAUUCGAUCUGUUACCAGCAGACGAAUCGUUUGGUUACUCAAGAACACCAUUCUUCAGAGUAUUGUCCAUGGUCACGGGAUCAAGGGAAAGAUAGUCCUUUAGGAAAUGUACCGAUAGAUCCAAUCACAACAUCAGCAGAGUCUCUUCCUUCUCAUGCAACUGCUCAUGACGUAUCUGUUGAUCUUCAUGGGUUGUCUUCAGUAAAACCAGCAAUGGUAGGCUCAGACGGCUCUCUAGAGUCAGACACAGAUUCUUCGAGUCAUACCAGUCACUUGCAGAACAGCGGACAUGCUCUGCCUUCAGGGUUUACUGAACUGGAAGCUCUUCACUCUGCGGAUAAAAAAAGUUCCACAUCAUUGGAUGAUCAUUCCAUGGAUCACGCUGAUGAGGAAAAUUUCUUGGACAUUUUCUCCGAAGCUGCUCCUCAUUGCAGUGUGUCCCUCUAUGAGGAAACUCAAGCUAGGCCAUUCGAUACACCUCCGCUUCCACCUCUUCCUCCAACACAAUGGUGGAUAGGGAAGCUAAUUGAUUUGAUUAAAAUGUCUGGGGAACCAUUUCCUUCGGUAGUGUCACUCGAAGACAGUGGGAAUAGCAGUGCCCGCAUUCAUGUGGAAGAAUAUACACUGAAAGCCGCAUCGAAUAAUGAGGAUACUAUGGUGGCCAAAACAAGAAAUGCGAACAAGGAAUUGUUCCCUUCAUUCCCAGCCGGUGGAAAAUUCAAUGUCUCCUCCGUUCAUGCAGGUGAAAAAGAUACACCAAAUGGAUCAAUUAGAAUGUCUGAGGCACUAUUUUCCUCAGUAGCAUCACUUGCAGUUGGUGAAAGCCACAACAUUCAUGUUCAUGCAAAUGAAGCUACACUGCAGGCUGUGGGGUCUGAAACUCCGGAAAUUGAGCACUUUGGGGAGAGUUCAAGAGGAAACGUCGACGAGAAAUCUGAGAUUGCGCAGCAUGGGCCUAAAGGAGCAGCCAAAACUUUGGAUGCAUUUAAGCCUUCACAGACUUUUCAAGGCUUGAACUUGAAUGAGAAUCCAUUAACAGAAAAUCUUAUGGGACACGAGACUUCUUUUGGUAGCAUAGUUGUUACCAUCGAUAGAAGCAUGUUGAGAAAGGCAUCUGAACGGCCUCGGCCACCACUUGGACCUAGAAUGAAUGAACAAGAUUCAUUGCUGGAGAUAAUACGGAGCAAGUCAUUCAAUCUGAGACCAGCAAAUGCCAUGCUCAGGCCCAACGUUCAGGGAGUUCCCGUUACCAACUUGAGGAUUGCUGCCAUAUUGGAGAAAGCCGACUCACUUCGCCAGGCGAUGGCAGGGAGUGACGAUGACAACGAUUCGGACAGCUGGAGUGAUGCUUGAAAAAAAUAAAAUAAAAAUCUAUAUAUAUAUAUAUAUUGUAUACACGUGUAUAUGUAUAUAUACACACAUUGCAUAAGCAGAGAAUUAACGGUUUGAUCUAGUGGGUAGUUACGUCGCGUUA